AAAAAACGCGCACAGCUUCGAAGAACGAACAGUUUGGUUUCUCCACUCACUUAAGAAUAAUAGGUUAUGAGAUAAAGCAGAGACUGAACAUCCCAGCAGCAAAUAUUUCUGGGUCUAACUUCUUCAUCAUUGAGUUUGAUAAGCUUUUGUGAAAGGAAAGAUCUCUGUUUUGUUUUGAAUUCUGAGAGAUGGCUUCUUCGAAUUUGCUACUUGAGGUUCAUUUCUUGCAUCUUCCAAGUUUGUCUCCAAAGCAGGAGAAUUUCUGUUUGGUGAAUCCUUUAUCUUGCAGAAAGUUUUCUUCUUUAGAUUGGAAACAAGAAAUUGGGUUGAAAAAUUUGAGAUGCCACGGCUUGAUGACUAGUGUGUGCAUUGACAAUGUAGCUGAUGUUGAUGAUCAUGCUGAGAGAAGCUCAGAAUUCCAUCACUAUGGUGUCGGUAAUAACUUGAGAGCCAGGAAGCAAUUAGGUUUAUCAUCUGAUGGACCAAUUACUGAGAACGAUGAAGAGACAAACAAUGAGAUCCUUCAUAACCUGUGCAGCAACGGCAAGUUAACAGAUGCGUGUAAACUAGUUGAGGUUAUGGCACGUCAUAAUCAGGUUCCUCAUUUUCCUUCUUGCUCAAACUUAGUCCGUGGUUUGGCCAGAAUUGAUCAACUGGAUAAAGCAAUGGUUAUCUUGAGGAUAAUGGUAAUGUCUGGUGGGGUUCCAGAUACUAUUACCUAUAACAUGAUCAUCGGAAAUCUUUGCAAGAAAGGGCAUAUAAGAUCUGCAUUGGUCCUCUUAGAAGACAUGAGUUUGAGUGGGAGCCCUCCAGAUGUGAUCACGUAUAAUACAGUCAUUCGGUGUAUGUUUGAUCAUGGGAAUGCUGAGCAAGCCAUCAGGUUUUGGAAGGAUCAACUGCGGAAUGGUUGCCCUCCAUAUAUGAUUACAUACACGGUUUUGGUCGAACUUGUGUGCAGGUACUGUGGAAGCGCUCGAGCUAUGGAUGUUUUAGAAGACAUGGCAGUGGAAGGUUGUUAUCCUGACAUUGUCACAUAUAAUUCUCUGGUAAACUAUAACUGCAGGCGAGGGAAUUUGGAAGAGGUGGCUUUGGUCAUUCAGCAUAUCUUAUCUCAUGGAUUGGAACUGAACACAGUAACUUACAACACUCUUCUACAUUCCCUUUGUUCAAACGAGUACUGGGAUGAAGUGGAGGAGAUUCUAAACAUCAUGUACCAGACUUCAUACUGUCCAACAGUUAUUACUUACAACAUCCUGAUCAAUGGUUUAUGCAAAGCCAGGCUUUUGAGUCGUGCAAUCGAUUUCUUCUACCAAAUGCUGGAACAAAAGUGUUUGCCUGAUAUUGUUACUUACAACACACUUCUAGGAGCCAUGUCCAAGGAGGGAAUGGUUGAUGAUGCUAUUGAGUUGCUUGGAUUGCUGAAAAGCACGAGUUGUCUGCCUGGAUUGAUCACUUACAACUCUGUAAUCGAUGGAUUGGCCAGAAAGGGCCUGAUGAAGAAAGCAUUGGAGCUGUACCAUCAUAUGCUGGAUGCUGGAAUCUCUCCUGAUGAUAUAACCCGUCGGUCUUUAAUAUAUGGUUUCUGCCGGGCAAACCUAGUUGAAGAAGCUAGCCAAGUUUUAAAGGAGACAAGCAAUAGAGGGAAUGGGAUCAGAGGUAGCACUUACAGGUUGGUGAUCCAAGGGCUAUGCAAGAAGAGAGAGAUGGAAAUGGCGAUAGAGGUUGUUGAGAUAAUGCUAACAAGUGGAUGCAAGCCAGAUGAGACAAUAUACACUGCAAUAGUUAAAGGUGUGGAAGAGAUGGGAAUGGGGAGCGAGGCUGUUCAGUUGCAGAAGAAGCUGACGCAAUGGAAACUCUUGAGAGAAGUGUAGGAAACAUAAUUGAAGCCGACUCUUUUUUUGUUGUUUCUAUUAAGCUUUUAUUUUGUACAGGAAAUCAAUUUUGUAAGGCAAUGGUUGAAUCAGAAAAGAUUAGUCCUUCCAUUUGCUCAAAA